GCGUCGGACGCGCAAAAUUCUCGCACCCGUCAAAAUGUUCGGAAAUUAUUUUUGUAAUUAUUGUAAUUGUAAUGUAUUUAUGUGGUAAAUCUGUGCUAACGAGAAGUGAAUUUCUAUUUGUUUUUCGGAUUACGUGAUUCAAAGAAACAUUACAAAACCUACGUUGUAUAAAAUUUCACUGUCUCACGAGGUCUUUUUAUCAUUACCAAUCUUCCGUGUGUCAAGUUGGUGUUUACGGCGAACAAGUAAUUCGUGUAAAUUGGAUCGUCGAUUCGACAAAAAGGGUGUAGUGCCGGCAAUAGUGGUUAUCGUGCUGUUGAAAUGUUAAUUCCAAUACCCAAUACUAUUUCUUAAGCAUCUCAUAUAAAUCAAUUAGCAGAAAACACGUGGAUACCAGUGUGCAAUCCGCCAAGAUCAUCGUCACAACACAACGCAAUUAUGUGUACCAUUUUUACCGCAUACAAUCUGUACUGCUACUACUACUAAAAUUCCAGCAAAAUAAAUCCAUCCCCUGACCUAGGAACUUAUUCCAUUAUCACCGGGUCAAAGAAACACUGUCUGGGCACAGAUAGAAUGAAACUGAAAAUCCCAAAAAAAAAGUCAUGUGUCGACUGGAAAAAACUAAAUCAUUUGAAGUGUGCAUCUCGUCGCGAUGAAAGCUCCGUACUUACAAUUGCUGCUAGCACCGGUAGUCGUGUUGAUUGUUACGAUUGUCCUAGGUCCCAGUGGAACUACCAGUGCAUCCCAUGGUGAACCGGGAUCCGAUGCACAACUGGAUCCGAUGGAAUUUUCUUACCUUUCCCUAUGGAAAUACGCCGAAGCGGAGUGCGAGAAAAAAGGAAUCAACGGAUCGGAGAUCACGACUUCAUGGAUCGGGGUACGAAGUUGCCUACGGAAAAAGUUGGACGUAGUGCAGUUUAAUUUGGAUGCGUUGCGACUGGAUUUGGAUACUCAGCAGUCGAUUCUGGAAAAGCACUGUCCUAACCUAUCAAAAGCUACCAACUGUUUCGGUCCGUUCAUGAAGGUCGUGAAAUCGUGUGUGCCAGAGCAGAAUUUCGAGAUUUUUGAGUCAUUGAGAGGAUGGUUUGCCGAUGUUUUGGCGCACAUUUGCGAGGACAAUGGAAAAAACAUAAAGUAUGACAAGGCCAAACACGAAAAGUGUGCUAACGAAAUGGGUGCUUAUAUUUUUGAGUGUGCCGCACAAAACAUAAUUGAUAAGCAGUACGACGAUCGGAAAUCAUUCACCGAGGAGGAUUGCAGCAUGCUCGUACGAGCGAAGAAUUGUCUGGUGAACAAACUCAACGAUUGUUCCGUAUUUUCCAUGGUGGCACAACUGUUCUACGAACAUUUCAUUCGCAUAACUUCGUGUAAACACAACACGGAAAACUGAGCCGGUUAACCGAAAAUAAACCUACGAAUGUGAUUCGUUAC